AUGCCCCACUCACAGCAAACAUCGCGUCGUUGGGAAGACUGGACGUUCAGUCACAAGCACCGUCGUCCCCGACGGCAAUCGAAGACUUUGGGACUGCUAACACCUGACCGCAUUGGUGAUCACCUUGUGGCUCGCUGCAUGGCGCUCGAUAACUUUCGCGCUCGAAAUCUGAGUAAAAUGUGGCUUCCGGAAGUGCUACAGGGCUCACGGAUGACUUUCGGGUCGCGACAAGUCUUUCAAGGCAUCGUUAACGCGGUAAGCGAUCAAAUCGAUGCUGUCAUCACGUACGAGAACGAGUCCAAUGUGCUCGUUCAGUUGGCGCAGACUGGGUACAUCGUGCAGCAGAUUUCAAAGCUGAACCGCCUAUUGGACGUCGCGUUGACAGUGUACAACAUCAAAGAACCUCACAGUAUGGUAAAGUGGCAGACUGUUCUCCAACAAGAACGUCAAGAGCGAAUGACUAGAUUCCAGAAAAUGAUGGCGAACAAAAAGCUUUUGAUGCAAAUGCUGGGCGACGAACAGCAACAAUUAAAUAUAUUAACAUUGCUACUGUACGACUUCCAGAAACACGGCGACGACACGUACACAGACUUGGAGGGCGACGUCAUCAGUGACGUUUACGAUACGUGUGUAAAUCUUUCGGGUCUUACAGUGGUGACAGUCCCGGAAUGGCUCGUGCCGGCCCAUGAAAUUCGCCAGAAUCGGUGGCAAGACACUGAAGUUAAGGUGGAGAAGUUGAUGAACCGAAAUGAAGAGUUUUGUAUUCGACAAGCUUCUGCCUGGUGGAACUUGCAUCACCCUCACGUCAUGAAGCUGUUUGGGGCAUGUCAUGUUGGAAAUGAUCUUUUUCUGGUGCAUGAGAGCGCUCAAAGCGUCAACAAAUCGGUCUCAAGUCGAGAUUCGAGCGAUUAUCCUCCAACAAAGUAA